AUUCAAGUAACAAAAGAAAAUUUUGUGUUGGGAAAAACAAAAGGAAAUUUGAUGUUAUAGUAAAAUAUUUAUUUUAUUUUAUUUGUUUGCAAGCUAAAAAUUUUCACUUUAAAGUCAAAAUGGAUGGAAAUAGCUUAGAAUCAAAGUAUCAAAAAUUAGCCACAGAAUACUCAAAGAUAAGGGCACAAGCGAGUGUCCUUAAAAAGGCUGUUAUUGAAGAGCAAACCAAAAAUUUAACAUUGCGUGAAACAUUGCGGCAAAAAGAAACAUCUUUAAGAAGAGCUGAACAAGAAGUAGAUAGUCUAGGAUUUAGAAAUAAACAAUUAGAGUAUAGAGUUGCAUCUUUACAAGAAGACUUAGAAAAGGAAUCAAAAAAAUCUAAUGCAAAACAAUCAAAGACGAACAAAACUUUGAAUAAAAAUAAUUGUAUAAAUUCUAUAAAUUCCAAUAGUAACGACGAGGUCAGAACUUUGAAUCCAAGCGCUUCAAAUACAUUUUUUGAAGAACUCAAUGCAAAAAUUCAAGAAAAUGCUACUAUUACAUCAUUGCUACAUGAUAAAGAACAAGAAAUUCAACUAUAUAAAGAGAGAUGUUUGAAUUUGGAAAAACAAUUAGAAAAAUGCAAUUCAGAUAGUACAGAGCUAGAAAAGCGUUUGAGAAGAGAUUUGGAUGCACUCCAAAUCCGUAACUCUGAAUUAGAGACAAAACUUGUAGAGGCAGCAAGUAUGUUGGGAAGCGAAGACGCAUUAAGUGCAUCUGGCAGUGACAAUACAACCCCGUUGCAUACUACUACGGGAACAAGUUCAUCAUCAAUUGAAGAACGUAUAAUAUAUUUGGAGAAGGAGAUUUGUCACUGGAGAACCCAGUAUGAAAUUUUGAAAAUCAAUAAUUGUAUACCGUAUGAUCGAAACAUGGAUGUACAAACUCAAGUAGCAAACGGUCCAGCAAAAAUUGAUUGUCUAGGCUCCUGUUCGAAUGAUAAAAUUGAUAUAUCCAAGGAACAACAUGAGAAAUUAGAAUGUAAAGAACAGCUAUUAAUUAAGCAUUUUAAUAAAAAAAUUGAAGAAAUGCUGCGUUCCAAAUGUACAAUCGAAUCCAGAUUAUCUUCAUACCAAACUGAAAUAGAAACACUUCAAAUGCACAUAGAAAUUUUGAUGAACGAAAUUAAGAGUAAAGAAAACGAGUUGAGAAUAGCCACUAAAACUAAUCAAACGCUAGAAGAUCAUUUAACAACAACUCGAUUUAACUACGAUGAACAAAUAAGUGUUCUAACUGAACAGGUCAUAAGUCUGAGUGAGCAAUUAGCUUCGUCAAAAUAACAGUUUAAAAUUUAUUUGAAAUAAAAAUUACAAUAAGAAACAACCGCCACAAUAAAAAUAAAAUUUAUAAAGUAUUGUUUUAUGUAUAAAAAAAAAAUUGUUUAAUUGUAAAAUAAAAUCAAACUAUCCAAUUUUUGUGACUAUUACGAACUUUCAUAGUAUU